AUGUCGCAUCACGCGCGAUCUCGUUCGCACUCAAGUGACACAUCUCGCCGCGAUCGAGAGCGAGUCGUAUUAAGGGAAUGGAUUUGGAGUAAAUACGAUAGUAAUUGAUGAUAUCCGCGAUACGCGUGUAGCGUAAUUAGUGCUCGAACGCAUUCUCGCGACGUUCGAUCGUUCACGGCGGUUGACAAGCGACGCGAAGUCAUGUCAGUGCCGAUCGAUGUGAAGUUAUCGCGUGUAAUUUUUCGAAUUUUCCGUAGACGCAUCUCGUGCUCUAACGAACGAAAAUCGUGUGUGCGAAUAUCACGGCAUUUAUUUAUAUCGGCUCGAAAUAUUAUACAAAGUGGCGAGUGACAUGUCACGUGUGUGUGUGUGUGUGUGUGUCGCGAUUAAUCGUGUAAUCGAGCGCGAUCCGAGUCUCCUUCGUAUAUUGAGUGAAUAUAACCUUAUAUCGUGAGUGCGCCGAGUAAAACUGUUCUUUACCCCUCGAAAUCGUAUCUAGGAGAGUUGACGACAGCGGCGAUCGAGCGAGAAGGAAAUUGUGAUCAACUUAGUAAUGCAACCGAGCUCCACGUCAUAUAAGUUAUGCUGACAAUGAGUCUUAUCAACAUUAUGAUGUCAAUCACGGAAAGUUACUUUAUCCAUGCAAGAUAGGCAAGAUCUAUCGACCAAUCGGAAAUGUUGUGUAUGUUCGAGAUAGGCAAUUAGAGCGAAGAAGACAAACCACACUCAUGGAUAUGUCGUCCAAGACUCUGCACAACGAGCACAUUAAGCGGCCGAUGAACGCCUUUAUGGUGUGGUCGCGUGGUCAACGUCGCAAGAUGGCACAGGAGAAUCCAAAAAUGCACAAUUCGGAGAUCUCGAAGAGACUCGGCGCCGAAUGGAAGUUGCUGACCGAGAGCGAAAAGCGUCCCUUCAUCGACGAGGCGAAAAGAUUGAGAGCUCUUCACAUGAAAGAGCAUCCCGACUACAAAUAUCGACCGCGCCGGAAGCCGAAGUCUCUGGUGAAGAAAGAGAACAAGUUUGGCUUCACGAUAACGCCGUUGAUAUCGUCCGGCGACGGUCUGUCGAAUCUACCACGUGGUCUCCUGCCACCACUGGCACCGCCCGCACAUCAUUCGUUGAUGUCGCACGAGGACUUGAAAAUCCCGCGCUUCUUCCCGCCGUUCCCCUACCCGCUCUAUCCGCUGCAGCACAAGCUGGGCGACGACUUCAAUGGUGGCAAACUGGCCGCCGACCUGGCCCUUCAAGCACUCUACAGUGGCGGCACCUUCUACCCGAGCCACCAGACAAUAGCGUCCUGGCCGACUGGUUUGUCAGCGGCCGCUUGCCUGCAGCCCAACUGCAGUUGUCCCAGCCCGCCAAAAGAGUCCAAGAGGCCGUUCCCGCCAACCAAGAUGGAUGAUCCGCCCUUCCCGAGCCCGGCCAGGGCCGAUGACAAUGCUGUGAUCGCGGAACGAGAGGAGUCCCGAUACCGGAAGCUCGAGGAAGACUUCUCCACCGCCUUGGAGAGGCACCAUCAUCAUCAUCAUCAUCUUCAUCAAGAGGAUCGCUCUCAGGAUCGCUUCUCUUCGUCUUCCUCUUCAUCCCCACCCACGGAACAGCCGGAAAAAUCAUCGACGACGACGACGUCCUCGGCGUCAUCGAGCUGCAGAAUCGACAACGCUCCUUUCUCCGUUCAGAGUUUGACGUCGAGCACCGGUAGUUCGAGUUCGGGCUCGCAGCGCGGACACAUUAUAUGAAGACCGCUUCCGGUUCUCCCGGAUCUCAACUUCCGGGGGAGCCUGGUGCCGGCCACGUGGCCGACCGCCGAUUGGUGGAGGGUGACACCGAUGCUCUCGCCGAUUCCCCAGACGACAGUCGCGAGUCUCAGCACCGGCGUCGUCAAGGAGGACGUCGUGCACUUUCAGGACGAGCAGCAGAUGAACGCGACGAUCGUGUCGAGAUCGCCGAGGAGCGGCGUCCACAUCGCCAACGUGCAAUGAUUCAAUGAAUCGGCCUGGUGUACCUUAAAGUCCGGAUGAAUAUCUCUUGGGUCAUCUUAUCAUCAUCAUCGAAGAUGAACCUUUUGUCUUGAACCUUCGUCCUAUCGCGAUAUCCUCUUCUCCGAUGAGGGAACUAUUAAAACCAGUCAUUUUGUAGCUUGGACAUUUCGCGAACGUAAUCUACAACUAGUGAAAAUAAUUGUGUAUAAUUGAAACGCUCUCUCCCUAAAAAUAAGAUAAUAUUGAUCGUGUAAUAAAUAACUCCCGCGAAACUUGGGAAAUAACUUGCGCGAUCGCCGGAAUCGCAUUCUGGCGAACGAAAAGGAGAAGAGACAGGAAUCGAUAACACGCUACGGCCCCGAAAUCCCACAAAGGGCGUCCGCAAAUGGUCCUCUCGACCGGAUCGUGCACGCGAAGCUGGAUACUAGAGGAGUCCAAUUUUGAUGAGAUAACCAACCCUCUCUUGCAUGCCACAUAUUAC